UAUAAAAUACAGAGAUAGUAUCGCGAUUUGAAAGAUUAGUGCGGAACAAUUUAUGACAGAUGCGACAAUAACGAUUAGUACAUCUUGCUAUAUUUAUUUAUGGCAAAAUAAUGUAAAUUUACUAUAUGCAAAAUGAUUUCUAAAUUAUUACGUACAAACGUUCUCGCUGUACGAUGCAUAGAAAACCUUGUGCUCGUAGGCAUGGGACCCAUACUUUAUAUCUUCGACAAAGACUCUUAUGAGUUGAAAAGUAAAUUAGAUUGUUUGUAUCCAAGUAAUAUACAUGGUAUUAUAGUGGGACCAGACAAUAAAUUGGCUAUAUUUGGUGCUAAAUCGAUAUGCAUCUGCAACAUUGUCAAAGAAGAAGGAGAAUUUAUAUUUAAAAAACAAAGUACUGAUCAAUUCAAUGAUUGGAUAAUUGCUGUGGAAUGGAUAUCAGUUAAGACAGAAAUACAAUUAGCAAUUCUAUUUGCACAUAAUUAUAUAUCAAUAUAUAAUAUAUUUGAUAAAUCUUCUCAAGUUACACUUUGUAAAGAAAAAUGCAUUCUCUAUGGUGGAUCUAUAUCAGGAACUUCUCAAAAGGACUUGGUCAUUUUCAGUGGAACAGUAUUUCAAGAAAUUUUAAUAUGGAAAAUAGAUAAUAGUUGUGGAAUUAAUGAAUGCAUGCCAGUUUUGCAUCGUUUAACAGGACACAAGGGUGUAAUUUUCUCUGUUAUUUAUGAUUCACAUUUGCGGUUUAUUUGUUCCACAUCGGAUGACAGAACUGUCAGAUUAUGGAAAGUAACAGAAAGUGAGAAUUUUGAAAAUAAUAUAAACUGGCAGGCAGCAAAGAUAGUACUAGCAAAAACAAUGUUUGCACAUACAGCAAGAGUUUGGAGAGCUAUAAUUAGAAACAAUAAUGUAGUAACGAUUGGAGAGGAUUCUCUUAUGUGUACAUGGUCUCUCUCAGGUAAUUUACUUAAUAAGGUCUACGCCCAUCAUGGAGCACCUAUAUGGAGUAUCGACACGUGUAAAAACAAUGAAAAUAUUUUCACGGGUGGAGCUGAUGGCUCUGUAUAUGUAUGGCCAGCAGCAUGCUGUAAUAGUCCCAAAAUAAUUUCUCUACCUAACAAUGAUGCGCACAAUAUUCCUAAAUACAUAUCUUAUUUGAGCAGUGGAACAAUUUUGAUCUUUAAUGAAAAGGGAACACUACUAUGUUACAACAAAGAUGAAAUAAUGCCAAAAGAGACUCUUUAUUUAGAAAAAUACUGCAGUUACUGCAUCAUGCAAGUUUCACCAUGUCGUUCCUUUAUUGCUCUUGCAUCUAGAGAAGGAUAUGUAACAAUAUACAAAGAAAUUAUUAAUACAGAUAGCAGUCAUCUACAGCAGCUCAUUGAAGAAAGAAUAAUGGAAUCACAAAUCUUUUCUUUACAGUGGUUGAAAGAUGACACAUUGAUAGUGUGUGAAGCAAAUGGUCUUUUGAAAAUAUUUAAUUUUACCAUCAGUGGUGUGAUUCAUGUGAAAGCAAAGUGUGUAUUACCUCCUAGUCGCGAAUGUUGGUUGACUGCAGCUACAAUUUAUGAAGAAUUAUUAAUAUGCGGAAACAGAGCUGGGAAUGUUCAUGUUUAUGAGUUGAACAAUGCGAACGAGGACAUUAAAAAACCUGUUCAAACGCUUAGCAAAAUUCACGGUAAAAUAGGAGUUCAGUCUUUUACUGUAUUAGAAGGAAAGUUAAUGACAACUGGACGCGAUGGAACAUUAAGAUUUUUUGAACUGAGCAAAGAAGACACAAAGUCCUUAUUGAUGCUUCACAGAAAAAAAAUGCCAAUGGAUUGGAUUAGUAACACGUUAAAAGUGGACGGAAUUGUGCUCAUACUUGGCUUUAAAGAGGUGGAAUUCAUUAUAUAUGACUUGUUGCAUGAACGAAUAUUAAUCAGAGUUCCUUGCGGUGGGGGUCACAGAUCGUGGGACUGUAUGAUGUUGAAUGGAACAGCAAGUUUCGCUUAUAUACGAAAUAAACAGAUCUAUAUAUUCGAUUAUCCUUUGAAAUCUUUGAAACUACCUAUUUUACAGAAUGGUUUUCAUGUAAAAGAGACAUGUUGCCUGCAACGUAUUUCGAGACUUGGUGCGCAAAAUAUUUUCAUAUCCGGUGGCGAAGACUGUACUCUACGCAUUAGCUGUAUUUCCAAAACUGAGAACAAUUCUCACGUCUUCCAUAAUUUAGGAAUUUUUGACGGUCAUCUUUCGGGCAUAAGAUGCAUAAGCAUUAUUAAAUUAAACAAUAAAGUCUGCGACUUGGGCAGCAAAUAUCUAGUCUUUUCUGGCGGAGGAAGAGCGCAACUGAAAGUUUGGGAGAUAAAUCUCAAAUAUAAUCAAUCGGCACCAAGUGCCGAUUUAUCAUGCUCGGAUAUAAAAUCUCAUAUGCUCUAUGGGCAAGACCAGUAUCGUAAGAAAUCUUGGCAAGAGGCUAAGCAGUCUUACGUCAUCGAACCAGAAACACGUUAUAUGGAUAUUUAUGUAUAUUAUCCUUCUGAAGAUGUCAGUCAUGUAUUAAUAUUUGUAGCUUGUGCAGAUGGAUACUUGAGACUAUUCAUAUACAAUAUCAAAACUGGCAAUAUAUUUUUGAAAGUAUCUACCAAAUAUGUAGAUCGUUGUAUGUUGAAGAUGUAUGUGUUAUCUCACAAAUGCAAAGUGAUUGUGUUAGCAAUGACUACGGAUGGAACGCUACGUUUUUUCGAUUUUACCAACAUAGUAUCAAAAAUAUAUGAGGAAGCAAUAUCUGAGAACGAGGAUAUUAUAAACUUCAGUGAUGCCCCUUUUGCGGAAUUUAGCUUGCAUCAGUCAGGAAUAAAUUCUUUCGAUUUAAAGAAUGUGGACGAGGACAGGUAUUUUUUGAUCACGGGUGGUGAUGACAAUCUUUUCAAUCUCGUCUGUUUUCAAAUUUGUUUGGCGGAACACGACGGAAUAUUAUCAGCUGUAAUAUUAUCUAAAUGGAGCACAACAUCCGCACAUUCUGCGCAAAUUACAGGUCUGAAAUUUAAAGAUGACAAUCAGAUAUGUAGUGUGGGAAUAGAUCAGCAAGUCAUUAUCUACAAUUAUUCGUGGUCCAAUGGAAUUCUAUCUGCAAAUAUCUUAAAUCAAGCAUUUACAUCUGUCACAGAUGUGCAAGGCAUGGACUUGUGGCCUUCGGAUAACAACAAUACUAUUGUGUGUGUAUAUGGAAGAGGCUUUGAAAUAUUGUUCAUCUAGACUCUUGCUAAAGCCAAUACUCGAACUACUGGAUCAAAAAUAUUUUUUAUGUGAAUAUCUUGUGUACAAUAUCACAUUCAUUUACCAUAAUUGACUGUUGAAGUUUGCAGUCAGAUAGGUGAAUUUUGUAUAUAAAUAUGAUGUAAAAUGAUUAUUGAUUGAUGUAAAUCUAAAUAAUCAUUAUAAAAGUAUAUAAAUAUAUGCAUAUAAAUG